CCGGGGUUGUUUCAGCCCCAAAGAAGUUUUGGCUCACUGACGGCUUCCUAAACGGGUCGAUUAGUGAGGAAGACUCUCGACCCGUUUUCGUUGGAGGUGCUUUCUCCCGGUAUCUCGGUUUCCACGAAACAUGCGUGAGUGCAUCUCCGUCCACGUUGGCCAAGCCGGGGUCCAGAUUGGCAAUGCCUGCUGGGAGCUCUACUGCCUAGAACAUGGCAUCCAGCCAGAUGGGCAGAUGCCCAGCGAUAAGACCAUUGGGGGAGGAGAUGACUCCUUCAACACCUUCUUCAGUGAGACUGGAGCUGGCAAACACGUUCCCAGGGCUGUGUUUGUGGAUUUGGAGCCAACAGUGAUUGAUGAAGUGCGCACUGGAACAUACCGCCAGCUAUUCCACCCUGAGCAACUGAUCACUGGCAAAGAAGAUGCUGCUAACAACUAUGCCAGGGGGCAUUACACCAUUGGCAAAGAGAUCAUUGACUUGGUCCUUGACAGGAUUAGGAAAUUGGCCGACCAGUGCACAGGUCUCCAGGGUUUUCUGGUCUUCCACAGCUUUGGUGGUGGCACUGGCUCUGGCUUUACAUCCUUGCUGAUGGAGCGCCUGUCCGUUGACUAUGGCAAGAAGUCCAAGCUGGAGUUCUCCAUCUACCCAGCUCCCCAAGUAUCCACAGCUACCGUUGAGCCCUACAACCCCAUCCUGACCACCCACACCACCCUGGAGCACUCCGACUGUGCCUUCAUGGUAGACAACGAAGCCAUCUAUGACAUUUGCCGACGAAACCUUGACAUUGAGCGUCCCACCUACACCAACCUCAAUCGCCUUAUCAGCCAGAUCGUGUCCUCCAUCACAGCUUCCCUGCGAUUUGAUGGUGCCCUGAAUGUAGAUCUGACAGAAUUCCAGACCAACUUGGUGCCCUACCCUAGAAUCCAUUUCCCUCUGGCGACCUAUGCUCCAGUCAUCUCUGCUGAAAAAGCCUACCAUGAGCAGCUUUCUGUAGCAGAGAUCACUAAUGCAUGCUUUGAGCCAGCUAAUCAGAUGGUGAAAUGUGACCCUCGUCAUGGUAAAUACAUGGCCUGCUGCCUGUUGUACCGUGGUGACGUUGUUCCCAAAGAUGUCAAUGCUGCUAUUGCCACUAUCAAGACCAAACGCAGCAUCCAGUUUGUAGACUGGUGUCCCACUGGUUUCAAGGUUGGUAUCAACUACCAGCCCCCGACCGUGGUCCCCGGAGGCGACUUGGCCAAAGUGCAGCGUGCAGUCUGCAUGCUGAGCAACACCACAGCCAUUGCUGAGGCCUGGGCCCGCCUGGACCAUAAGUUUGACCUGAUGUAUGCCAAGCGUGCCUUUGUCCACUGGUAUGUUGGGGAAGGGAUGGAAGAAGGGGAGUUCUCAGAGGCUAGGGAGGACAUGGCUGCUCUGGAGAAGGAUUAUGAAGAGGUAGGGGCCGAUAGUGCUGAUGGGGAUGAUGAGGGAGAAGAAUACUGAUUCUUUAUUGUGUUAAUUUUUCCAUUCAUCACCCCUGCCUUCUUCUGGAUUCAUAUAACUGUCUAUUGUGUUAAAGCUUAUUAAAAGUCUGUUUCAGCUGAAA